AUGAAUCCUUCGACGUUUCAUGCCUUGGUUACGGCGCUGGUGGUCGCGUUACUGCCUGACAAGGCAUUCGUGGCAUCCCCUGACUGUGCGCUCGAGACAAACACGGUGAUGUUCGACUCGGCUGAUCUGGCAUGGAAAACGUCGUGUGCCAUGCUGACACUAGCCGACUGCCUGUUCUUCCACGAAUCAACGCAACAGUGUCCUUGCACUUGCCAGGUGCUGAGGGCAGAGGGCAGAUUGCUGGUCAAGGACCUGCCGCGGGACUUCGCCAUUGAAUAUUACAAGAAAAUGUACCCUGUUUAUGUUGGUCUGCCAAACACAACAGCCGAAUACCUGGAGAUUGAGACUGAGGAUGGAAAGCAGAUAUCGCUGACCGCCAAACAUCUCAUUUAUCGCACCAACUGCAAGAUCCUCAGGCAACGCUCCGUCGUUGCCGAACAAGUCAUGGUCGGGGACUGCGUGCUAAUCGUACACGACAACCAGUUUAAGGGGUCUCGAGUCCGCAAGAUCAACAGAGUGCAGAAGACGGGCAUCUACUCGCCGGUAACCGAAACGGGUAGCCUUGUGGUGAACGACGUGCUGGCUUCGUGCUACAGUACUCUCGAAAACGAGUCAAUCCAAAAGCUGCUAUACAAGGGCAUGGAACCUGAGAUCGACAACAUAUGGGAACACAUAAGGCGCAGCUUGAACGACUGA